ACAGUUAUCGGAACAUACCCGUUGUACUGUGGAAUGUCCGAAUUGUUGCUAAAUUUAUCAUAGAGUCUUCGUGAUGAAGCCACAUUAUUGGAUGAUGGAGGCCUUAGUUGCAUGUUAUGGGCCGGCACUUGCAUGUACACGCAAACGAGCGGGCCUGGUGAGCCGAUUCCGUAACAAGGAUGCGUCGCUCUCACCAACAACAAUUGCAUCAUAUACGAAAGUUGAUUCGCCAGCCAUCCUUUCAUCAUACGUAUGCACCUGUACCACCUGUGUGACACUUUCGGGCUCCUAGGAAUAGCAUCAGUAUUGAUGUGGCAGUGAAUGCAUAUAUUCUACAUUCCAGAGCUCCACGCGUGAAAGGCAUAAUGAUGCAAAAUUUGGAACAAUCGUCGAUGUCCUCUGUGAUCUCCAAUGACCGCUUUGUUUUUAACCUUCCAAAAAGAUGGAUGGAGAAGAACAGAAACGAACUCACCGAAAGAAAGGUACCGGAGGAAUUGGAUCUCGAAAAGAGCGCGGGUUAUGCGUUUUCAAAUAACGACUCUCCGGGUACGACGACGAGCUCACAACCUUUGAUCGACCAUGAUAAACUGGAGUCACCGCCGUUCACUCCUGAUAGUCCACAUAGUGGCUGUUACAAACUCGAGCGAUAUUAUGGUCGAACGCUGGCCGGAAUUCUGGUGCCGCUUGCAGUAACUGGCUUUUGGGUUGCCAUUUCACUAGACCUGUUGCAAGAGCGUGAUAUUGUCGCAUAUGGGAGCGAGCACGAGAUCCUGAUUUACUAUGCGUGGUUCACACUUGCUGUGUUUGGGCUCUGCCUUAGCCAAUAUGGGUUGGCAAUGGCGUGGGGCAUCCGUCUCAGUUACAAUUGCUCCGCUGUGAAGUCGGCAUCGGAGUUUAAAGUCCUCACCCGGAAACCUUCGCUAGAUAGUGUGUAUAGAGGAUUAGCCGCAGUUGGAAAAUCGUCAAGUUUCGAGGGAAAUGGAACUGUUCUUGCAUUGAGCCCCCCACCCCCGGCUCCCAGCAAACAUAUGGGGGCAUGCGCGUAUUGGCAUAGAUCUCACUAAACUGAGCAUUUAUAAUGGCUCCGAGGUGUUAG